AUGGAGUAUCUAAGUGUAUCAGAACCUCAUCCAGACUCACUACGGAAACAGAGCGAACACACUACAGUCAUUAACAACAAAGACAUUUCCAUCAAUAAUGAUAUGGAAUCCAAUCUAUCAAAAUCAAAACAAAGCAGGACAAAGUUUACAUCAGAUUUUUAUUCUCGAAAGCGUCCAAAUGAUGAUGAUGAUGAUUUUGUAAACCCACCACCUGUUACAAUUCCGAUACAAAAGAUCGUGAAAAAGCAAACUAGAAUGGCAAAUCCAGGAAAAGUGGAAGAUUCCUUAAGAUAUUUGAACACCAGGUUCCCUCCGGAACACAUUACCAAAACCAUGGCAUUGCUGAACAAUGAUCAAAGAAAAUGUGUAGAGUCUAUUGGAUUUGGAUCCGCUUUUAAUAUACAAUUAGAAAAACUGCCGCGUAGGAUAUGUUAUUGGGUUGUCGACAACUACGACCCAAAUACCAAUUCGAUUUGUGUAAAGGACAAGAGACUUGUUGUGACAAGGGAGAGGGUACAUGAGAUAUAUGGGAUUCCAAUGGGUGACAUACCAAUGUCUAACCCUUGUAGAGCAAACUCUAGAAAGUUUGUCAAACUUUGGAAAUCCCAAUUUCCAAAAUCAGUCAAACGAAUACGGCUAACACACGUUGUAGACAUGAUACAAAAGGACAAAAAUGUUGGUCCCUUUUUUAUUAUGAAUUUUCUUGUGUUGUUUGUAUCUGUGAUGAUUGAGUAUCCAACGAUGGGGACUGUCAAUCAAGGAUUCUUGGAAAAUAUUCUGGAUGAUAUGGAUAUCAAACAAUUAGACUGGUGCGGAUUUGUUGUAGCAUGUUUGAAAUCAAGUCGUAUGAUGUGGAGAAGAUUGGACGAUAAGUGCGUUUACAGUGGUCCCAUUGUAUUUCUUCUGUUGUUUUACCUUAGUUGCACAAAAGUUGAGGAUGCCACAAUUCAAAGUCCAACUGCUGGAAUGAUGUAUUGGACAACAGACAUGUUAGAUAAGAGGGAGUUAGAAGAGUUGUCUAAAGGAGGUUUCGGAAAUGUAAUCAUAUCAUCACAACACAUGAGCAUGAACCACACUAAACAAGAAGAUGGCGAGGACGAUGACGCCGCUGGAUCUGAACGAGAUUGUAAAUCUCAUGCUGGUUUUAUUGAACAUGUACUUCAACAAACAUCACAAAGUGAAAAUGAUGCAUAUAACAACUUGAAGGAUAUUAUGAGCGAAAUUAACAUCGAAUUCAAUGCAUGCGACAAUGCAAUGCGAGCUAUACAGAAGUUGUUGAUGCAAGAUUUUUCAACAUCUGUUGAUUCUCAUGAUGGGACAUUUUUCAAUGGAGCCGCGACACCUGUUACGCCAGUCCGAGAUAAUACAGCUGAAACUAAAGUUGAUCAGUUUACGGAAGAUCAAAUGGCAGAUGAGCCACUUAUUGAUGUUGUGUGUACACCUUUUACACAAAUUCUUAAUGCAGAUGCUUUUGACAGGAUGUUAGAAUCGGCAUUUGCCACCUCUACAAGGCUUUCAACUCCAUCGGAUCAUGUCGAACCAAAUAUCAAAAUUGAUGAUGUAAACGCGGUUCCUGUUACUAUUGUGGCACCAAGACGGACAUCAAGAUUGGUGGUUAGUCCUGUUACUGUUGUGGCACCAAGACGGACAAGAAGAUUGGUGCGACUAACCGAGAAACUUAGAUCACCUUAUUUUAAUAGGGUCGUUGAUCCAAACAAAGUUCUUAGACCAAUCGAGGAGAGAGUGUCCGGUUGGAUUUUCGCAGGGCUGGACGAGGAAUGGGAUCUUGUAUUUGAAUCAACUUUUGGAGAUAUCGGAUAUAGGGGAAUUUUUGAGAGUAUGAUUCCUGGAUCCAAAAUCCAUCUAACAAUAAUAGACAUUUGGGCUACUCUUCUAAACUAUCAGGAACUACGCAGAAAUAAGAAGUCACCAGCAAGGAUGUUUUUAUCCUGCACACUUCUGAGCAACUUCAUACUGGAUGAGGCGAUUUGUAUUGAGCAGCGAUACAAAAGGUUUGUUGAUCGCAUGAAUGAGCAUAUCGAAAAAUUCAAACAAUGCACAAGCUUCAAAGAUGUGGACCUUGUAUUCUUCCCCGUGCUUGACAACGAACAUUACUACCUUAUUGUCUUUGAUUUCAUAAAAUCCGAAUGUGUAAUCAUAGACAACAUUUACCGUGAAGAGUCGAUUGAAGUGAUUUAUGGAAACGUGCCUAACGAUCUGAAAAUAUUGUUUACUCUGUACAUUGAUGCUUGGAAUCAUCCAAGAAGAAAUUCAAUGAAGAGUGCAAUCAUAGUUCGCUCGUCUAUGGAAUGGAUGACAAAGGAAAACUACAUAGACUGUGGGUUAUUCCUUAUGAAACACAUGGAAACAUAUAAAGGUGGGGAUCCGAAUAAAUGGAUUGUGGGUUUGGAGCCUGAAUUCGCAGACAGUGAUGACCAACAGAUACAGCUAAAUGAAUUGAGAAAGAAGUAUGUUACAAAAAUUUUGACAUCAGAUUUGAACAUUAUCAAACCAUCUCUCAACAGAAAGUUAGCAUCAUACAAUAAGUUGUCUGAUGCGGAGAAGGAAAACUUGAACAUUGAAGAACAUCUCCAACGCAUUGAGCUCAGAAUCAGUUUGUUUUAUUAG